AUGGGAAGACACUCUUGCUGCUAUAAGCAGAAGCUUCGUAAAGGCCUUUGGUCUCCAGAGGAAGACGAGAAGCUUUUGAAUUACAUCACCAAGCAUGGACAUGGAUGUUGGAGCUCGGUUCCAAAAUUAGCUGGUUUGCAGAGGUGUGGGAAGAGCUGCAGAUUGAGGUGGAUAAAUUACCUAAGGCCUGAUUUGAAGAGAGGAGCAUUCUCACAGCAGGAAGAGAAUUCCAUAAUUGAACUUCAUGCAGUCCUUGGCAACAGGUGGUCUCAGAUUGCAGCUCAGUUACCGGGAAGAACUGACAAUGAGAUAAAAAAUCUAUGGAAUUCAUGCCUCAAGAAGAAGCUCAGGCAAAGAGGCAUUGACCCAAACACCCACCAACCACUCUCUGAGGUUGAGAACGACAAGGACAAGCCAACCAUAGCUGAAAAAAGCAAUCAGAAAGCCUCUGUGGAAUCCAAUGAGGUGAGUGUUGUUGAGCCAGCAAAACCAAUUCCAACUUGUAUGCCUAUGGAACGAUAUCCCCUUGAGGUUUCUUCUACCUCCAAGAAUUUGACCAACAUGGAUAGGUUUGGUACAUGUCAUGACAACUCCAUCAGUACUAGUUGCAAACCUUCUGAUAUGGUGGGAUAUUUCUCUUUCCAGCACUUGAAUUAUGGACCUAACAUGGGACUCACUGCAAAUCCCAAUACCUCACUUUGCUUCAUGCCAAGUCCCACUUCUUCACAAAUGAUUACAUCAGAGCUCAAUUCCUCAAGUAUGACUAAUUCCACUAUGCUCCAUUCUGUGUCAAACUCCAAUUUCCCAACACAUGUGAAGCCAACUAUUAGCCUCCAUUCUCACAAUCCUUCCAUAUCCUCUGGUGAUAUUGAUGGGGUUCAAAACUGGGAAAACAGUACCUUCAGUAAUAACAAUGCAAGCAAAAGCAAUGGGAGCAGUAACAGCAUCCAAUUACAAAGCAACACUAACUUCCUUGAUAGCAGCACUCUGACGUGGGGGUUGGCAGAGUCUUGUGCAAAGGCUGAUAAAGAUGUUCAUGUACUACCUUUACAAGCAGAACAAGAAGACAUUAAAUGGUCUGAGUAUCUUAACACCCCGUUUUUUAUGGGAAACACAGUGCACAAUCAAACCACUCAGUGUAUCUACGGUGAUGAGAAUAAAGCAGAAACAGGUUUCAUUACAGACGAAACAAGUACUAAUUGGCACCAUAGCCAGCAUUUUCAACCUUCAGAUAUAUAUACCAAAGAUCUACAGAGAUUUUCAGUGGCUUUUGGACAAACUCUGUAGCACUGUACUUAACACGUGGAAACUUCAACCAAAGAAAAAGAU